GUCUUUUAAAACCUCCGUUCGAAAAGAUACCCCGAAAAUGUCAAAAUAAAAUACAAGCUCCUCACUACUACUACUACUACUCAUCCCCUCCACCUCCACCUCCCCCGCCUCGAAUCCGUUGCGGUAAUGGACGCGGGGUACAACCCCAGGACGGUGGAGGAGGUGUUCCGGGACUACAAGGGCCGCCGCGCGGGCCUCACGCGCGCGCUCACCACCGAUGUGGAGGAUUUCUUCCGGCAAUGCGACCCGGAAAAAGAAAAUCUGUGCCUUUAUGGAUUUCCCAAUGAGCAUUGGGAAGUAAAUUUACCUGCUGAAGAAGUGCCACCUGAGCUUCCAGAGCCAGCAUUGGGCAUUAACUUUGCACGAGAUGGAAUGCAGGAAAAAGAUUGGCUGUCCAUGGUGGCAGUGCACAGUGACGCAUGGUUACUUUCUGUUGCAUUUUACUUUGGUGCUCGAUUUGGAUUUGAUAAAAAUGACAGGAAGCGCCUGUUUGGUAUGAUAAAUGAGCUUCCCACGAUUUUUGAUGUUGUUAGUGGGAAGAGUAAAACCAAGACCACAAGCAACAUUAACCACAGCAAUAGCAAAUCCAAGUCCAACCAUAAAAUGCAGAAAACCUCCGAACCUCGGGCCAAGCAGCCCAAGCCCCAGAUGAAGGACGAAGACCGCGAGGAGGAAGCCCUGGAUGCCGGCGAGGAUGGUGGUGCUGUCGCUGGCGGUGGCGUGGAAGAGCAUGGGGAGACACGUUGUGGCGCGUGCGGUGACAACUAUGGGCAGGAUGAGUUCUGGAUUGGCUGUGACAUCUGCGAGAAGUGGUUCCACGGCAAGUGUGUCAAGAUCACGCCUGCUAAGGCGGAGCACAUCAAGCAGUACAAGUGCCCGUCGUGCAUGGGCACCAACGGCAGCAGCGGCAGCAACAAGCGGGCUCGCCCGUCUUCCUAAGCCCGGCUUCCUAAGCCCGGCUGGCCUCCAUUUGUGAGGUGGCGGCGAGGCGACUGGCCUCGCCAUAGUAGGACUGAGCAGUACUCCAGUCGUUGUAACAAACUUGCAGGCGUUGCCCUUAGGAGGGCUAGCUUGUACAAUGUAACUUAAUUUCUCUUGGAGAGUAGAUGGCUCUUAUUUUAGCUGGGAUAAACGUGGAUUUGAUAUUUGUUGUAUUAUUAAAUUAAUAGUUCGAUGAUUGC